AAAUUCGGCAUUUAACUCAGAUUUUGUUAUAUAUUUUAAUGGCGCUUUGGGUGGAUAAAUACCGGCCCCGGGAACUAACAAAGUUAGAUUUCCACAAGGAGCAAGCCGAAAACCUGCGCAACCUAUGCAAGCAGAGUGACUUUCCUCACCUCAUGUUCUACGGGCCAUCCGGCGCCGGUAAGAAGACGCGCAUCAUGUGCCUACUACGGGAAAUGUAUGGAGCCGGCGUGGAGCGCCUGAGGAGUGAAACAAUGACCUUUACCACGCCAUCCAAUCGAAAGGUAGAGGUAAUGACUGUCAGUAGCAACUACCACUUGGAGGUGAACCCGUCGGAUGCGGGCAUGUACGACAGGACGGUGGUCAUCGAUCUGAUCAAACAGGUGGCCCAGACCCACCAAAUCGAGAUUAACGGCCAGCGGGAGUUCAAGGUGAUUGUCAUCUCAGAGGGCGACGAGCUGACCAAGGAUGCCCAGCACGCUCUGCGUCGCACUAUGGAGAAGUACGUGGCCACGUGCCGCAUCAUAAUGUCGGUAAAUUCGACUUCUCGCAUCAUCCCAGCCAUACGAUCUCGUUGCCUGGGAAUUCGCGUGGCCGCGCCUUCUGAGGCAGAAAUGACCGCCAUUCUGCAGAGCACCUGCAAGCGCGAGGGCCUGGCCUUGCCCGUCGAGCUGGCCAAGCGGGUGGUGGACAAAUCUGAACGGAAUCUGAGGCGCGCUCUGCUGAUGCUCGAGGCUGCCAAGGUGGCCAAGUCACCGUUUACGGCCCAGCAGGAAGUCCCCGACCUGGACUGGCAGGUCUUUCUGCGUGAAACUGCCUCACAGAUCAUCAGUGAGCAGACGCCCGCCAAACUGGAGAAGAUACGUGAUCGUUUGUACGAACUACUAACGCAGGGCGUACCACCCAAUCUUAUAUUCCGCGGUCUGGUCGAGCAUUUGGUCAGCAACUGUGAUAUGUCCAUCAAGGCAAAAACGCUUGAGCUGGCCACCGAAUACGAGCACCGCAUGCAAAACGGCGCCAAGCACAUCUUCCACCUGGAGGCCUUUGUUGCCCAAUUCAUGAGCAUUUACAAAAAGUUCAUGUCCGAACUGCUCAUGACGGACGACUUUUAAGAUUAGCAUUUAAUUCGAAAAACAUACAUUUUACUUAAUAAACUGAAUUACUGGCGUAGUGCCUGCA